AUGUUGCUACCGUGUUGGACAACUGACAAUUAUUUAAUGCAAUAUGUAACAUUGAGCUGAGGCAAUGCAAUUCAAUUGGAGUUUUCUCGCGCUCUUGUUGUGGAGCGACAUAGGCGGCUAGUGUGAUUUAUGACUUUGCACCACUUUGAAUGGUCAGAUUCAGAGAGAUUGUUUUGAAUGACAGAUACAAGACUAUGCUUGUCUUGGCAUGUACGCAUUUGUUUCAGUUUACUCUACUGGGCGAAAUUCCUGGAUAUUUUGGUCUGCCUUUCCUAGACUAGGCUACUUCAUAGUGCUGAGUAUUGCGUCAGCAUUUGUAGCAAACUCUCAUUUAACUGCUAGUCAGAAGCAAUGUUCCCUCUAAUUGUUUUCGCCACUGAGCAAAUGUCAUUUAUGCUGAGCGCAAACUUGAACGUUGUGAGAACUCUGCAACUCCCAGCGCGCGUUUACUGUGAACACUGAGUCUGUACCCGCUUUAAGUUAGUUUUAAGUGGCCAAGUAGGCUACUUCAUCAUAAUGUGGGUCUACCAUCAAAAACGAUGGAGAAAAUGCAUCCCAUAACAUUAACAUGGAAAUGGCUGUUCUAUCACACAGCCUACCGUAGCAGCCAAUGUGUGGUGUUAAAUGUAGGCCUACAUUCCAUGAGACUUGGGAGAAAAAACAUGCAGGGCUUGACAUGAACCUGUUUAUCCACUUGUCUUUCAGACAGAGGUGGCUGAAAAUGUUGUUUGAUGCAAGUAACCACUUUACUAAAUAAAAUGCAUUUAUUCCCAUACCAUUUAUUAGAGAAUCAGACAUGCCAUCCUGCCUAUUGGCUACAUAGUUUAUUCAAGCCCGUCUCAAAAUACAACACUGCCCCUUUUAAGACAAAAACUGCACAGUUUGCAGCUGUUCCUUUGAUCUCAGAACAAGCCCAUUUGCUCAUGUUGUUAACACAGUUCAGUUCAAAGUGAAUGGCACAGAUCCAUAUUUGGCAAUGGUCUAUUUGCAUAUAGUCCUACUGCAGCUCUGAUUGGUUAUGCCGCACCGGGCUGAGUCAUGUGUAAAUGCAAUAGAAUCCUACACCGACGCGUUUUGUUUCGGGAUGUUGCAUUGAAGGUGGCUAAUAUCGAGUUGAUUCGAUCACAAUUGCCACAGCAAAGCGAAGUGUUAACAGGGAAAGCUGUAGAACAGCGGUCACCAACCUUUUGAAUCGAUCACUUUUAGUCAAAAUGCAAGCAGAGAUCUACCGUUCAGAUUUUGUUUGUGACUUAAAUGUAAGGCUAUACAACAUUAACCAAUUAAAAACAGUACUGUAGCAGUGAGGUUUGUGCAGUAAGCUAUAGGCCCAAUACAUGAUCACCACAUCGACUUUGCUUGAAUUUCCCUGCCAAUGCAUUAAUUGGGCCAUUAAUAAAACAUUUCAACAUUGAGGUAGUCUAUAUGAUCACACCGGUAAUAGAUCCGUUGUACUACUUGAGGCACAGCUGAGUGAGCACACAUUUAGCUUUUUAUUUUACUGGGCUGAUGUGCCUGCAUCAGCUGGUCAGUCUCAGCUGAGGGAGAGUGCAGCAGACUGAGUGUCCGCUUCUCAACAUCCCUCUGCUCUCCAUUUCCUCCACUGACACUGACCAAAAAGGGACACCGUCUUCCAGCUGAUUGCGAAACUCGAGUCGCACCGCAUUACUUCUGCCUCAUGCACAAAUUCAUGUUGUUACUCCUAUGAACAGAGAAAUAUUACUUGAUAUUAAAAAAGACCCAAGCCGCUAAUAAUAACAACAAUGCAAGCCUAUCGAUACUUUCCUCCUCAUUCAUUACUGCUGCGGUGCUUGUUUGUUCCCUGAGUGGAAAUAAGAACAGCCUGCAUUUUAUGGCUUAUAGAAGUGUUUAAUACAAAUUGUUGACAGUGCUGAGUAAGAACUGAAACAUGAACUCACUCAAAACAGCAGUUUGUUGACAGUCUCUCUCUAGUCAUGGUUUAACAUUUUGAAAUCUCACAGUAAUAACAUUGCUUUAGCUUUCUUCUAAUCCUGCUAUGUUACUGCAGACACUAAUCUGAGCCAUCUGAUUGGCCAGCGGUAGGCCUAUAGUGCACUUGAUUUUCUAUCCGGGAAAGCAGACUUUGUACCUUUUCAGACAUGAAAUGGUUCAAAAUGGCAACCGUUCGCCUACCUGGAGCUCAGGGCAGCUGAAUCGGGUGCAGCUAACCCUAACGGCCUGAGACACAAAAAUUAUAGGAACAUAAGUCUUCAUUUUUUUUUCUCACAAAUGUUUGUCGAUCGACUAGGAAUGCCUUGGAGAGUGACCAGGCAAUCGUGAUCGACUGGUUGGUGACCACCGCUUCUCUCCGUGGGCUGAUAUUUCUGCGCAUCAGUCCUGGAGGGACUGUGCGGUAGUCUCAGGGCUACAGCGUGCCCGCACACAGCUUAGAGGGAACAUUGGUCAGAAGUAAACUAAUCAGAAGUUCCACCAAUGCAUGCGAGACGACAUCAUUUGUCUUUUUGAGACAAGAGCUACCUGUGCGACUGUCUAACAUCAUGAAGGAGAUCAAUUUGCUACCUGACCGAUUGCUUACAACCCCAUCCGUGCAGAUGGUGCAGAGCUGGUAUGUCCAGAGCUUGAUGGAAAUCCUGGAGUUCUUGGACAAGACUCCUGACAACCACAGUGUCCUGGAUGAGUUUGUGGACACCCUGGUGAAUAUCAGGAACAGGCACAAUGACGUAGUGCCCACCAUGGCACAGGGCGUCAUUGAGUACAAGUCGGUGUUCGGCCAGGACCCAGUCACCAACCAGAACAUUCAGUACUUCCUGGACCGUUUCUACAUGAGCCGUAUAUCUAUCCGCAUGCUUAUCAACCAGCACACUCUUGUCUUUGAUGGAGCAACGAAUCCACUUCACCCCAACACAAUAGGGAGCAUCGACCCUCACUGUGAUGUCACAGAGGUGGUCAGAGAUGCUUACCAGAGCGCCAAGUUGGUGUGUGAUCAGUACUAUCUGAGCUCGCCAGACCUGAUGCUGCAAGAAAUGAAUGUCAACAACCGGAAACAACCUAUAAGCAUUGUCUAUGUGCCCUCCCAUCUCUACCACAUGUUGUUUGAGCUUUUCAAGAAUGCUAUGAGGGCCACAAUUGAGAACCAUGAAUCCAGCCACAGGCUACCACCCAUUCAAGUCAUGGUGGCCAUUGGAGGAGAGGACCUGUCAAUUAAGGUGAGUGACAGGGGUGGUGGAGUCCCUUUCAGGAAGAUUGAGAAUCUUUUCAGCUACAUGUACUCUACGGCCCCCACGCCAGAGAAGGGUGAGCACUCGCAGACACCAUUGGCUGGCUUUGGCUACGGCCUGCCCAUCUCCCGACUCUACGCUCAGUACUUCCAGGGAAACCUGCAGCUCUACUCUAUGGAGGGUUAUGGCACUGACGCUGUCAUCCACAUGAAGGCCUUGUCCACAGACUCUGUGGAGAGGCUCCCAGUGUACAACAAGACAGCUCUGCGGAAUUACAAGGUUAGCCAGGAGGCAGACGACUGGUGUGUGCCCAGCAGAGAACCCCUGGACCUGACCAUUUACAGGGUAGCCAAAUGAGGAUAAUGUCGACGCCACCCUGGUUAAGAUUGAGGCUCUGUAUGCCAACCCCCCCCCCGCAGCCAAGGCAGACAGCCACCUAACCCCCCCACACAUGACUGGAUGUUGUUUUCCAUCCUGGUUUUGGCAUGUUUUCUUGUCCUCGCAAUGAUGCCCUUCGUGGUUUUCUUUUAGCUUAGAUUGGGGAUUUAUGGAAGUAUGGGGGGAAAACAUUGCGUAAUGGCACUUAAAAAAAAAAGUCUAAUUUUUGUUCACCUCCAUGAGGGUUCUUAUGGGAGUGCCAGAUGGUGGUGAUAAACAAAAUAGUCACACACAAAUUAUUCUCCCAAACAUUUAAUGGGUAUACAAACACUGUUGCUUUACCCAUGAAAUGUUUGGGAGCAUAAGAAUGUGUGGCUUUCUUUUUCUAGUUUACUAUCCGUUAGUCAGCACUUUUAUAAAAACAUUUCUGGGUGUGUGUCAGCUUAUGCCUUUUACUAUCGCUCGAUGUUGAUGAAAUACACAUGGGAGGGUGUGCAGGGUAGUGAGGUCCCAAUGUCAUACUUCAUUUUGGGGGGGAGAGAUGUGGCAGGGUGGGUCUGAAGACCCAGAUACUGUGCCCAGUAUGUUAUUGAGAUGGUGUAGCGUGACCGAGGUGAGAAUAUGUAUGUAACAGCAGGGUAGCGUUCAGUACCUUAUGGAACGUUCAGGUAAAAACGUUGUGUAGAACAGCCAAGCCUUUCUAUCAUUUUUUAUUUAUUUCACCUUUAUUUAACCAGGUAGGCAAGUUGAGAACAAGUUCUCAUUUACAAUUGCGACCUGGCCAAGAUAAAGCAAAGCAGUUCAACAUACACAACAGAGUUACACAUGGAGUAAAACAAAUAUACAGUCAAUAAUACAGUAGAAAAAUAAGUCUAUGUACAAUGUGAGCAAAUGACGUGAGAUAAGGGAGGUAAAGGCAAAAGUCCACGGUGGCAAA